AUGGCGGCGGCGGGCCGGUGGCGGGCCGGGCUGGCGCUGCUGGCGGUGGCGCUGGGGCUGGGGGGGCCGCGGGCCGAGCAGACGGAGGAGCACCUCAAGCGGGAGCACUCGCUCUCCAAGCCGUACCAGGGUGUGGGCUCGGCCAGCUCGGGGCUGUGGGACCUGCUGGGCAACGCCAUGGUCAUGACCCACUAUAUCCGCCUCACCCCCGACGUGCAGAGCAAGCAGGGAGCUAUCUGGAACCGAGUGCCAUGUUACCUCCGAGACUGGGAGAUGCAGGUGCAUUUUAAAAUCCACGGGCAAGGCAAGAAAAACCUGAACGGAGACGGCUUUGCCAUCUGGUACACCAAAGAUCGCAUGCAGCCAGGACCUGUCUUUGGAAGCAAGGAUAACUUCCUGGGCCUAGGAGUGUUCGUGGACACCUACCCAAACGAGGAGAAGCAGCAGGAGCGCGUCUUCCCCUACAUCUCGGCCAUGGUGAACAACGGCUCCCUCACCUACGACCACGACCGGGACGGGCGACCGACGGAAUUAGGGGGCUGCACGGCCAUGGUGCGCAACCUCAACCACGACACCUUCCUGGUGAUCCGCUACGUGAAGAGGAGACUGACGGUGUUGAUCGAUAUCGACGGUAAGCACGAGUGGAGAGACUGCAUCGAUGUGCCAGGCGUGCGCUUGCCCCGCGGCUACUACUUUGGGACUUCUUCUGUCACCGGAGACCUGUCAGACAACCACGACAUCAUUUCGCUGAAGCUUUACCAGCUGACGGUGGAGCGAACGCCGGAGGAGGAGAAGCGGGACAGAGAAGUCUAUCUGCCGGUCGUGGACAACCUGAAGCUGCCGGGAAUGGAGGCACCGCUGGAGCCCAUGAGUGGCCUGGCUCUCUUCUUAAUCGUCUUCUUCUCCCUCGUUGCCAUCGUUUUCGCCAUCGUCAUUGGAGUCAUCGUCUACAACAAGUGGCAGGAGCAGAGCCGAAAACACUUCUAUUGACUUGGGAACCCCGCCGGGAUGGCCCGGUGCUAGUCCUUGCUAGCCACAUCCCGACUCCCACCCAUCCCAGACUGCCCAGAGCGUGAUGGACCGACCCUCACCGCAGGGACCCUCGUGUCCCCCAAAAACCCCAGCGGGGACGGCUGCCGUUUCUUCGCGGGCUCCAGAACUCCCAUGUCGCUCCCGGUGGGAGCGGGGAUCCCCAGCGUGGCGUGCGAUGGACUGGGAACCGAGCGCCGCGGCGACGGACCUGCCGUCUCCCGAAGGACCUUUGCUUUGUGAGUUGUUUAGGAGGACGGGCUGUGCCGCGGGGCGCCGGCGGCGCUGAGCCGUGUCUCUGCCGUACGGGGAGCCCCAACGUGGGCAGAAGUCGCCACCUCGGCUGUGAAAUCCCGGCUGAGAGGGAUGCCAGCGAGCGAGGCCUGGCCGAGCGCCUGCUUUCCUCGCCAGAUUCCUACGGUAACCUGUUGCAGCGUUACCAGUAAUCCUCGCAACCCCUUGUCUCAAGCAAUUUCAUCUCCAGGAGGGAUUUUCCAAGCGAUUCAUCCUGCUCCGGCUGCUUUCCAUCACCUGCUUUAGGCUGUUUUUGGAGACCGGACUGCUUUUCUUUGUACUUUGAAAUCCCCCGCCGCCGUGCAACCCCUCUCUGCCCCGCUAGUUGCCGGAGUUUGGUGUUUUGGGGCAAGAGUUGCUGACGGUUUUCCCCGGCAGUGAGGUAGGUGAAGCCGGGAACCUUCCUGGCUGCCAGACUCAUCCCUUGGGGAGCAGCCGGUCCCCUCCGCGAAGCCAACGUGGGGCAGCCCCUCGCUGCAAACCCCUCCUCGGUUCGGGGUGUAACGCCGGGUUCCCCACUUUUAAUAACCGUUUGCUGCCGAGUCUCGGGGCUCGGCCCCUCUCCCCGUUCCGUAGGGCUGCCGCCGAGCGUGCCAUCGCCUCGGCACGCCUCCCGUCCCGGCGCGGCCUCCUCCACCGGUGCUGUUUGCAUGUCGUGUCGUGGCUUCUGGCAGCUUUUCCCCUCAGUGCUCGCUGCAUCCCGGGGCCGCUCCGAGGAGGAGCUGAGCCUCGUGGGGUGAUUCCCCUGCUUCUCGGAGCCGGAGUUCUCGCUGCCUUUCAGGGAGUCGUAGUUUAUUCCUACCUCAGGGACUGCUUUGGUCAAUGAUUUCGCUCCGUUUCUCUCGCCGGUCGUCGCAGCCGCCUUCGCCCCUGGGGGGCUCCGUCGAUCGCUUGCAAGGUGAUGGCACGGAGGGUGCGGGGUCCCCAGGGGGAUCCAGGAGAGGGAGACAGUAGGUCAGUUUGUCCCAGGGGAGUCUUAGUGGCUCUGGGGACAUCAAGAUGGCAAAUUUGCCACCUUGCCAGCCCCAUCAUUGGCAGCACCCUCCUCGACGGUGUCCUGGGGAGCUGUGUCCUUGUCCCACUGCUUUCCAGGACACUCGCACCCAGGAGGGAGCCCCGGGGGGGUCCCAGUGGUAGCUGGGGCAGGGGGACACACGUGUGGCCGGCGGUUUUGCGGCAGGAUGCUGUCGCCGGGGUAGGUGGGAGCUUUUUUCAAGUGCCCAAUGCUGGUUGUGGCGUGACAGGACAGUUUUUCUGGUGUUUUGCCUCUUUUUGCCUGAUAACCAGGAGUGAAACGUGCGUGCCUCUCCCUGGAGCUGUAACUGGUGUCUUGGAAUAAACUUUGGGGGGGUGUGUGUGACAUGGCCGUGCUCCUUGUCACCGCCGAGUCCCCUGAAUACAGCGUUUCCUCCCCAAACCGAUGUCAGGGGCCAUG